AUGAAGCUGCUGCCUCCGGGAGCGACGCGGGGCCUCCCGGUCCCGCUGCUCCUGCUCCUCGACCUAGCCACCGCUGCCCUGGAGCCCAUGGUGAUCCGAAAAAUGAGCCCCGACGAGAGCGAGAAGUUCUUCCCGCACUACGUCGCCUUCCCCGAGGAGCAGCUUCCCGCCGUGUCCGCUCUCCAGCGCCGACACCAACCCGAACCGGCCUUCAGCCCGAGCUUCCCCAUCCACGUCGACGACCCGGGAUCUCCGUCAGAAGACGAAACGCUCUACCGCCGGGCGGCGGCCGCGCUGGCCCGCCUGCAGCGUCGGCAAUGGGGCUGUCCCACGGGGACGGCGAGCUGCUCAAACAUUGGCUAUCCGGACCGCUGCUGUCGCCAGACCGAGACGUGCUACAAGAUUGACGACACGGGGCUGGGUUCGGUGGGUUGCUGCGCCAACGGCAGCACGUGUGGCGGGACCAUAAGCAACUGUGCCCCCGGCGACACAGCUUGCCCUGCGUCUUUAGGCGGCGGGUGCUGUAUAGCGGGGUUUGUGUGCCAGGGUGUUGGAUGUGUUCGUAUGGACUAUACUUCCCGAACCCGAGGCUCAACUGUCACGGUAAGCACAUCAACUGCCGGAAACGGUGGGGGUGAUGGUGGUGGUGGGGGUGGUGGUGGCGGCGUUUUGACUUCGACCACCAUCACAACCGUUGUUGUAACACCACCAAACGGGGGAUCGCCAACCACAGUAACUUCAACGUUGAUCGGUGGAGGAGGCGGCGGGGGCUCUCCACCAUCCACGACCGCUUCCCCAUCCGACACCAACGGCGGCACACCUCUGCCACCGGCGCCAACGUCAACCGGCGGUGGUAACGGCAACGCGCCCGUGCGGCCGACCGUGACCAACUCAGACGGCUUCCCGUCUGACUAUUGCCCGACGGGUUUUUAUCCGUGCGUUGCCCGCGCCGGCGGCGGCUGCUGCCAGACCGGGCGAGACUGCCAGACGACCAACUGCCCGGCGCCUCCCCUAUCCACGACCAUCAUAUCCAACGGCGUGACCGUGGCCGUUCCGCUGCCCACUCCCAACCGCGGAAGCGACGACAGGAAGACAUGCGCCGGCGGCUGGUAUCUGUGCCCGGACAGCGCGGGUCCUGUGGCCGGAUGCUGCCCGUCGGGAUAUGACUGCGGCAUCGCCAGCUGCACGUCGGCAAGAGAGGGUGCCACGGCCACGCUGCAGAAAGAGUUCCCUAGCUUGGCUGCUACGGUUAGGACCCCGGUGGCCAAGGUUUUGGCCAUGUUGGGGAUGGUGUUGGUGUCUUUCGCAUUGCUAGAAUUUUGA